UGUAAACGCAGACGUAGAUUUCUGAUAUAAUAUAUAUUUUUUCUUCUUUUUGCAAGAUUACAAUUUCAACUACUCUAGAUGGUUGCCACCUUCGGAAUCGCCGUCUCCAGAUCUUUAUUAAUUUAUCAGGGCGAUAAUUCUGAAUUCAAAUCUAUAACUGAGGCUAGUUAUCUACAAAAAGACUGUAAAGGUUUGGAACCUUCACCGUACCUAUCUAUGGAUAUACCUACGCACGCAAGUAUGUAAAUGGGUAUGCGAUAGAACUGCACUGGACAAACACGCGACGUUGCCAUUCGGAACAUAAUUCGUGACGCGCGUGGUGAAUUCGUGCCGCACGCAGCCGCGCACACAAUGAAUGCCAGGUAAAUGUGUGCGUGUCGACUGUGCGCCGCGGCGCGCGCCGCUGCCAUUCGCCGUUUGUAACCAGUGCAAAGCGUGCGUGCGUUGCGGUCCGUUUGCGCCGCACGGCCUACCUACUUACCAUCCCCAGCCAUGGACUUGAGCAAAGACGAAGUGUUUACUUUGAUAAACGCAUACCGUAGCCAAAGAGUACUAUGGGACACGAAUCAUAAAGGAUAUUUCAACAAGCAGAUCAAAACAAAAGCGUGGCAGAUUGUUGCAGACGCAGUUGGCGUUGACUUAGAAAAUGCGAAAAGGAAGAUGGCCAGUUUGCUUGGUUCUUUUAGGAGAGAGAAAUCUAGAGGCAAGAAGAUAAAUAAAAAUGAUCCAGCAAGUCCCGUGCAGUACAAAUCUGAUUGGUUUGCUUUUAAAGCGUUCAGCUUCUUACUGGACCCGGCCCUGUCACCCGUCAAAUUAGAUUCUGGACCACCUCAACAAGAAAUAUCGAAUAAUUUUGAAAAUUACAAUGAGGAUGAAGAAAAUGAAAUAAUAGCAUCUCAGUAUGAACACAAUUACCUCGUACCAGACACAAUCGUCUCCGACAUUCCGCAAGAUAUUACCAUCGCCUCGUUCCCCAAACCUAUAUCUAUCACGCCCAGAACAAAACGAUCCAUGUCAUCCCACCACGAGAACUCAGAGUGCCCAGCGAAGCGAGACUGCCGAGAACCGCACACGCCAAAUGAAAGCGUACGAAAAGAUGCGACGGCAAAAUUUGCAAAGUAUCUAGAAGCUAAGCUAAAUCUGUUCAAUCCGACUGCCAGUGCGAUACUGAUCCACAAAAUCAAUCAGUUGAUCUUCGAAGCUGAGAUGAGCUCUAUAUCACAGCCUCAUUCUUUCUCCAUGGCCAGCGUAUCGCCCAAGUCGAAUUGGACGCCCAGUCCUCCCCAUAUUAACCCUCUGGUUCAGAUAGAGGUUUCUAGAUAUGAUGAUGAAGACGAUGAGGAUAAGAAAGAUGCAAUAGUAAACAUGCCUUAAAUAUUUCUUUCUUUUAGUAACUUCUUUUAUCUUCUUAUUAGUAACUUAAUCCAAACCAAACUGCACUACAUUAUUAGUCAAUUAAAAUUGUUUAUUCAGCUAAUCCAAAUAUGAGGACGCAAUUUGUGUACCUCAAUUAGUUUGCAUCUGCACAAACCACUAGUUUUAAUGUUAUGAUUUGAUUCAACUGUGAUUUUAUAAAUAAAUACUGUUUAUGGGCCA